AUGCUGAAGAGGAAGUAUCAAUGUGUGUUUGAAGGAAUUGCAAAGCAUGGUGAUUCUACACUUCUAAAUAACAUCUACACAGAUCUCUAUAUCACUCUGGGUGGUAGUGAACAGGUCAAUACUGAACAUGAAGUAAGACAGAUUGAGGUUGCUUUCAGGCGUCAUGAAUCACAAGAGAUACAGGUUGAAUGCACAAAUUUGUUUGAAGCACCUGAACAAGACAAGGAGAUCAGAACUGUACUGACAAAAGGAGUUGCUGGCAUUGGAAAAUCAGUCUCUGUGCAAAAGUUUAUUCUGGAUUGGGCUGAAGAAAAUGAAAAUCAGGGUAUCAGCUUUGUAUUUCCUCUUCCUUUUCGGGAGAUGAACUUAAAGGAUGAAGAAAACCAAAGCUUGAUGAGCCUUAUAAAUCAGUUUUUCCCAGAGACAAAAGGACUGAACCUUACAAGAAGGAAUCAGUUCAAAGUCCUGUUCAUCCUUGAUGGAUUGGAUGAAUGCCGUCUUCCUCUUAACUUUGAGGGUAAUGAGACUUGUCGUGAUGUAACAUCACAAGUCUCUCUGGAUGUUCUCCUCACAAACCUCAUCAAGGGAAAUCUGCUUCCUUCUGCUCUCAUCUGGAUCACCACCAGACCAGCAGCUGCCAGUAAGAUUCCUCCUGACUGUAUCGAUAGGCUAACAGAGAUACGAGGAUUCAAUGAUGCACAAAAGGAGGAGUACUUCAGAAAAAGAUUCACAGAUGAGAAUCAGGCCACCAAAAUUGUUGAGCUUAUUAAACAUUCAAAGAGUUUAUUCAUCAUGUGCUACAUCCCAGUCUUCUGCUGGAUUUCAGCCACUGUUCUACAGAACAUUUUAGAAAUUAAAAGAAAAAAUUAUAUCAGAAAUACUGAAGACACUCCCAAGACUCUGACACAAAUGUAUACACACUUUCUCCGCUUUCAGAUCCAGCAGAGCAGACAGAAGUAUGAUGUUUCCUGGGAUAAAGAUACCAUACUUUCACUGGGAAAACUGGCAUUUCAUCAGCUGGAAAGAAACAACCUGAUCUUCUAUGACACAGAUCUGGAAGCCUGUGGUAUUGAAGUCUCUAAAGCAUCAGUAUAUUCAGGCAUGUGUACCCAGAUCUUUAAGGAGGAAACCGGGAUCAUCCUUGGUACCAUGUACUGCUUUGAUCAUUUGAGCAUUCAAGAGUUUAUUGCAGCCCUUUAUGCACAUCUGUUCCUAGACCUCAACAACAAAAGUGUCUUUGAUCAAGACUGUACAGAACAGGUAAACAAAAUUGAAACAUUGACUGAUUUGCUCAAGACUGCAGUGGACAAGGCCCUUGAGAGUGACAAUGGACAUCUGGACCUUUUCCUUCGAUUCCUCCUCGGUCUGUCACUUGAGUCCAAUCGUCCACUUUUAAGAGGCCUGUUAACUCCGCCAGACGGCAAUGACCAGAGCUACAAGGAAAUAGUUCAGUACAUCAAGCAGAAAUUAGACUCUAAUCUAUCUGCAGAGAGAUCCAUCAAUCUGUUUCAUUGCCUGAAUGAAUUGAAUGACCACACUCUGGUGAAAGAGAUUCAAAGCCAACUUAACAAAGGAAGUCUUUCAUCUGCUGAUCUUUCUCCUGCCCAAUGGUCUGCUGUGGCAUUUGUAUUGUUGACGUCAGAGGAGGAGCUGGAGGAGUUUGAUCUACAGAAAUUCAAGAAAUCAGAUGAGUGUUUCUUUAGACUUUUGGAAGUUGUCAAAACUUCCAAAAGUGCUCUGUAAGUAAUUUUUACACUCAUUUGAAAAGUACAUUAAGUCACAUAUAGUUAGUUCUGAAUCCAUUUAAUGCAUCUUUAAUAUCUAUAUACAUAAUAUUUCCUCCAUAUAUAAUUUAGCUCUAAUGCUUGCUCAGUCAGAUCAGAUCACAGAAUGAAAUUGCUCUUUCUUAAUGGCUAACAGAAAAUAAGUGCAAUGUACCUCACUGACCAUAGCAAAACUUAACAAAAAAAGUUUUGAAAAAAGAGUGGUGCAGGUGGUGUUUGUGCUAACGCUCAAAUACAUGUAUGACUAUGCCAUCCUAGGGCUUGCACCCAGGGAAAUACCACGCACCCUCAGGUGCUGCUCAAGGAACAGGUUCGAGACUACCAAAAAGAGCAAGAGACUUGACUUACCCAGAUAAAACGUUUAGUUUUAAAGUCAUUAAUCCUACAAUAUUAAAAAAUGGUCUCAUCAACAGUUUACCAAUUAAAUACCCACAGUUACAAAGAGACCGUAAUAAAGUUUUACAAUUAACAGAAAGGACAAUCCCCACAGCAAAUCAGUGCAUACAAAUCCAGAAGCAAGUGACAAACCAAAAAGAAACUAAAGCAAAAGAAACAAAUACACUGCCCUUCUGUAAAGCAUCAAUAUCACAGAUCAACACAUACUUGCUUAUGAAACAACAGCUAGCACUCAGGCUACACAUCAUUCAUAGACCACAGUGAGCUUUAUGUUACUGGCGCUCAUCACUUUGGAUAUGCACACACACAAGAGGAACAGUACAUAGACCCUGGACCUUUAUGGACCACAAGACCAGAACACAGAGCAGAAUAACCCUGUACCACUUAGACUUUAUACUUAUAAAGCCACUAGGCCACC